AAAUAUAAAGAUCAAAAUUUUUCAUUCUCAAAGGACCACACUCACAAUUAACAAAAAGAAACAAACAUGAAAAUGCAUAGCAUUCUAUCGACAGUUUUGGCGAUCAUACUCGCGCUCUCCGUUGCAGAAGCUAAUAAUCUCGAUGGAAAAACUCAACAAAUGGUCAACGGAAUCUGCAAAAUGACAACGGAUAUCAAAUUCUGCAGUAGUGUUUUGGUCAAGAACCUGGCUACUCCUGCCCCAAGCAACAAAGAUCUCAUGAACGUGACAGUGAGAGAAGCUGAAAGGUUCUCGGCAAACACUAAUUUCUUCAUCAGCACACUCCUCGAUAAUGCUGGAGACGAGAGGCAAGAUCUUCAAAUGUGCGCUGACGCUUACUCGAUUGUGAACUUGGCCUUCACUAAUGCUAUAUCUUUCUUCAAUCAAGCUCACUACAGUAAGAUCUUCAAGGUCCAAAACAAAGUUUCUAAGGCUAUUGGUAUAUGUAAGACAGAUUUCAAUGUGCCCGGUUAUGAGAUCAAUCCUCUGAUUGAGAGAAACAGACAGACCAUGAUCUUAUCAUCCAUGGAACAGAUCGUUUGUCAAAUGGUUUCUUCAUAAUCUUAAUGUUGAAACAUAGUAGAAGCAAAAUGUUUACAAAAAUAUUGUUAAUGUUUACAUAAAAUAUUAUGAUUAAUAGUA